GUAAAAGAGGCACAAACGUCAGUCGUGUCAAGCCUUGCCCGCAUCUGCACGAGCCAUAAACAAUUGCCUGAUUUGGAGCGCAACUACUUUUUUUUCGAACGCAUUUGAAUAAAAAAGGCGCGAAAAUAGAAUGUGACAGCCUUGAACUUUUUUAUCUAUAUCGUUUGUGUUUUGUUUCGUAAAUGGUUUAUUUUAUGAUGGAGCGUUUUGUUUUAUAUUCGGUUUUCGUGCUAUUGUACACAAAUGGUUCUACAGCGUGCUUACUAGACAGAAUGGAUUUCGUAAACAAUAGGAGUAUCACUACGGGGAGUUCGUUUUAUGAGGAAUGUUGCUGUGAUGACUCGUCGACUUCGAAGGAGCUAACAUGGCUAGAUCCUUACAAAAGAAUAAUUGCGGGACCAGGUACAGAUUCAAAUUUGUACACCGAAGAGCAGAGUGGCUGCCUGUCCCUUCAUAUUCCUAGUGCAAGCAAGACAAUGUCGGGAGCUUACAAGUGUAUAUCUUCCCACGAGGGAAAACAACAAAUCCAAACUCACUACCUGGAUGUGUAUGAUCCAUUGUACUUUUAUGGCACGGCUAUGGAGCAGUAUUUGGUGUUCAGCAAUAAUUCCUUGAUCACGUGUCAGGCAAACGGAGCCACGCCUCCUUUUAUUCGAUGGUACAGAGGAAAGGAAGGAGAUAAUGAGAUAUUCAACAACACGGAAAAAUAUCAAAUCAUGCCAGAAGGUUUAAUAGUGAAGAAUGUGAGCAAUGAUGAUGAAGGGAUAUACAAAUGUUCAGCAUCUGUUCUGUCCACUGGUGAAGAAGUGGAACUCGAUAUUCAAGCUAAAGUAAUGACGCCACCAGUAAUCACCCAGUUAUAUGGAAGUCCUGAUUCAGUGGUAGCAAACGGGGAAAGUCUGAUGAUCCAGUGCUCUACUGAAGGUCUACCCGAACCUGAAGUAGCGUUGAAAAAGAUACCGGAACCGUCUCCAGGUGAAAACAAGACAGUUCCUUGGGACGUGCAUUCAAAAGGAAUAAUUCGUUUUAAAAGUAUAACACCAGAAGACGCGGGCACUUACGAAUGCACAGCUAAAAACUUCGUCGGAGAGUCUAAACAGCAAAUAACAAUUACAGUACUGAUCAGACCAGAAAUCAUUGGCUUCACGAAUAGAUCCGCUAUAGAGGGUUCAGUAAUACCAAUGUUCUGUAACGUGACAGGGGUACCCCUACCAAGGGUUCUCAUUACUUUCGAAGGCAAAAGUUUGGAUGAAGAAAGAGAAACUGAUUAUGAUGAAAUUGUUGAAAAUUUCUCACUAUUGAAAGUAAACAGAUCGAGUGAAGGCAUAUACAUUUGCAACGCUACUAACGACAUGGAUACGACGACGGAAUUGAUGUACCUGACGGUCUUGCAUCAGCCGUACUUCGGCAAGACUUACGAACCGCUCUGGGCCUGGAACGGUGAAACUGUAAACAUUAGCUGCGCUCACGAUAGCAACCCACCCGCCAAUUUUACUUGGAGCUUCGUACCAGGCAAUUUCUCAACGAUAGAGCGACAGGAGCACGACAAUAUUGUUUUGGAUUAUGAAACCGCAUUGGAGCAUUCGUUACCAUUCUCUGAGCAAUUUGCACCAUUUGGAAGACACGAGUGCAGAGCACGUAACGAAUAUGGCGAGGCUGUUAAAAUUUUUCACAUCAGGAAAGGAGCUGUUCCAUCGGUUGUUGAAAAUGCAACAACAUUAGAAGAAGCAGCGACCUCAGCUACGUUCUACAUUGAAACUCCAACAAACUACGAAGGACCUGACGUCAUAGGUUUCAUAGCGGAGUAUGAUGAGAUAGACAACUAUGAAAUCACCAACAUUCACCCAAAUAGGACUUGGGCUGCAGGAAUCCCAUUCAAGCUGGAGAAACUUAGAUCUAACACCACCUACUACAUUAGGUUCGCUGCAAUAAAUCGCGUUGGUACCGGAGAAUGGAGUGAACAGCUUGCGUUUGAAACUAUGGACAAGUCAGCCCCAGAACCUCCGAUAUGGCAAGUGGAUCCGGUCGAGAUAUCGUCGAACAAGGUGCUCAAGUGGAAAGCUCCGGAGAACAACGGCGAACCGAUAGACUACUACGCUUUACGAUACUGUCCGGUGGAUGAAGAAAUAGUCGAAUCGUUAUGUAUAGAACAUCGAUUGGAAGGAAAAACAGAAUUAUUAGUGAAUGAACUACAGCACAACACUACUUAUCAUUUAGAACUGAUAGCACACAAUGCCGAAGGAAACUCUACUCCUGCCAAUAUAACACUUACGAUACCAGAUGAACUCGCCUACGCAUCGGUCUCAGCAUUAACAGCAGGAGCACUGAUAGGACUAUCCAUAGCCGUAGUGAUAAUAUGUCUCGUACUUCUAGACGUAUUGCUGUACUUCUGGAAAAAACAGGGUAUUAUAGCAAGCUGUUGUUGCAAGAAAAACAAAAAGAAGAAACCAAAUCCCUUAAAUUCACGUGACAAGAAAGGUCUGUUGAAAGACAACGGGGAAUCUGGCACAGACGAUACUUUGAGGAGGUCUAACAAUGGGCACAAAGAGUACGAAUACAAUAAGACCACAGGCAUUAUUACCGGGAAACAUUCCUCUGUUUAGAGUAAAGAAUUUUAAAACGUUUAACGUGAAUCGUACGAUUUUUUUGUCGGGAAAUCUGUUGUCAUUGUUCGGUCUUUUCGUACGCCUGUGACGAUAAACGAGGCGGUCGAUUUUUAUUAUAAUGGCUUUUCUGUUUGUGUUUUAUUUCCUUGUAUGAUUUAUAAUCUAAACGUCAACUUUUAUCACUAUUAUUCCCGUUUAUAUAGAUAAUAACUAUGUAAAAAAUAAACGGAAUAUUCACAGCAUAAAAUCAUUCAAUUUUGUGUAUUGAUGUUGAAUUACGGAUACGUAUUGGUUCAUUUGUCAAAAAUAACAUAAGUAGAUAGUAUAAGUAAGAAUUUAGGUCCUGUUUCAAAAAACUUGAACCCGCUAUGUGUGCGACAAAUUAAAAUAAAGAACUUAACUAUAUGCAUGCACUAUAUGCAUGAACUAUAUAGCUAAGCGCUUCGAUAUUAUUUUUCGCCAAAAAUAAUAUAUUUACCUAACAAUAUAAUAUCUAGUUUAGAAGCUUGCCUAACUUUUGGAUAUCAUAAUUAAUUAUUUUAUUUCAAUAAAAUGAAUAAAUCGUACGGUUCACGUUUAUUUUUUGGUAAGUAAAGUGAUAUUGUGUAUUAAUGGAAUGUCUUAAAAGUUUAUGUUUGUAAUGAUAUUUUAUUGAGUGAACGAUGAAUUUUGAAGUUAAUGUUAGUUACCUACUUACAUAACAUUAAUAAUUUUUUAAAUUAGUUUUUUUUUAUAAUAGACUAUUUAUUGUAUCUGACAUCAAAAAGGAUUACUUACUAAGUUAUGUUUUUCUUAUAAGUCUAGCUAAAUCGCCGAAUAUAAUUAGAUUACGUGUAAAUAGGCACAUAAUAUAUAUAUGUCACUUUAUAAAUAUGUAUAAAAAUUAUAUAAAUAUAUUAAAAUGAAGAUACUUUUAACAAAACCGUACAAACAUUUGGAAGUGCCUUUUUUGAAAAAUAGUGUAGUGCAAAAUUAUGUUAUAUUGUUAAAUUUUUCAAUUCUAAAAUACCUAUACAAUAAAAUGUCUGUUAUUUAUUAAAUGUUGUCAAUAUUUUAAGUCUUACUUUUGUAAAAUAUAAAUAUAAAUAAUAUUUAUACCUGAUAUAGAUUUAAUAAUUUUAACAUUUUAAAUAAAGCGAAUAUAAUAAUUUUAAGCUUAAAAAUUCUUAUUAUACCAAAGAGUAAAUCGUAAAUAAACAUAUUAUAGCAAGA